GUAGGGAGAUCCGCGAGUGAUGUUCCAAUUGAAACUCAAUUGCUUCUAUUGGAAGCAAGAGAAGAGUCUGCUCUUAAGGAACAAUUUUCUUUUGACUCUCAAGAGCCAGAGGAAGAGAACACUUCCUACAUUCUCUUCUUGCCUGUGUUGGAUGGAGCGUUUCGCGCAACUUUGCAGGGAACUGCAUUAAACGAGCUCCAAUUCUGCGUUGAAAGUGGAGAUGCCUAUGUUCAAACUUCUCAAUCACUUGAGGCAGUAUUUGUAAAUUCAGGGGACAAUCCGUUUGAGCUAAUCAAGGAUUCUAUCAAGAUAUUGGAGAAACACAAAGGAACUUUUUGUCAUCUUGAAAACAAGGAGAUCCCUGUACAUCUUGACUUGUUUGGAUGGUGCACUUGGGAUGCCUUUUACACUAAAGUAAAUCCACAAGGAAUAAAAGAUGGCAUUCAAAGUCUCUCAAGUGGAGGUUUUUCACCUAAGUUUAUCAUUGUUGAUGAUGGAUGGCAAGAGACACUCAAUGAAUUUCUCAAAGAAGGUGAACCAAUCAUUGAAGGAACCCAGUUUGCAACAAGACUAAUAGACAUCAAAGAAAACAAAAAGUUCAGCAGUGCAGUCUCCAAUAAUUCUUGCAACAAUCUCCAUGAUUUUGUUCACUCUAUCAAACAGAAUUCGAGUGUAAAAUACGUUUAUAUGUGGCAUGCUUUAGCUGGUUAUUGGGGAGGAGCACUACCGUCUUCCGAUGCGAUGAAGAAAUAUAAUCCAAAGCUUGUAUAUCCAAUUCAGUCACCUGGUAUCACAGGGAACCUUAGAGAUAUAGCCAUGGACAGCUUGGAAAAAUAUGGAGUUGGAAUCAUUGAUCCGUCAAAGUUAUAUGAGUUUUACAAUGACUAUCACAGUUAUCUUGCAAGCUGUGGCGUCGAUGGAGUUAAAGUAGAUGUCCAAAAUUUGAUAGAAACCUUGGGUUCUGGGUACGGUGGACGCGUUGCAUUAACCGAACGGUAUCAAGAAGCACUAGAGGAAUCAGUAGCAAGGAAUUUUAAGGACAAUAACCUCAUUUGUUGCAUGUCUCAUAACUCUGAUUCAAUUUACAGUUCAAAGAAGAGUGCAGUGGCAAGAGCUUCUGAAGAUUUCAUGCCCAGGGAACCAACAUUUCAAACCUUACACGUUGCAUCGGUAGCUUUUAAUAGUCUUCUUUUAGGGGAGAUUUUUGUGCCAGACUGGGACAUGUUCCAUAGCAAGCAUGAGACAGCCGAGUUCCAUGCUGCAGCAAGAGCAAUAGGUGGUUGUGCAGUAUAUGUUAGUGAUAAGCCUGGCAAUCAUGAUUUUAAAAUCUUGAAGAAGCUAGUACUUCCUAAUGGAUCAGUCUUGAGAGCAAGAUAUGCCGGACGUCCAACUCGAGAUUGUUUGUUUCAAGAUCCAGUAAUGGAUGGUAGAAGUCUGCUGAAGAUUUGGAACUUAAAUAAGCUAACUGGGGUGAUAGGAGUCUUUAAUUGCCAAGGAUCCGGAAGCUGGCCAAUGAAAUCAUCGGAAGCCACACCAACACACUUAAGCAUUUCAGGGAAAGUUAGACCCCUUGAUGUUGAAUUUCUUGAAGAGGUUGCAGGUGAAAAUUGGAAUGGAGAUUGUGUACUAUAUGCCUUCAAUGCAGGCUUGCUUUCCAAGCUACCAAGUAAAGAAAAACUAGAAGUAUCCUUGGAGACUCUUCAAUGUGAAGUAUAUACAGUAUCUCCAAUCAGGGUGUUUGGUCAUGAUGUGCAAUUUGCACCAAUUGGAUUGCUUGACAUGUACAAUUCAGGAGGAGCUGUAGAAGAACUAACCUGCACAAUUGAUGUUGCACAUUGUAUAAUAAAAAUCAAAGGUAGAGGAUGUGGUCGUUUUGGAGCCUAUUCCAACGUUAAACCAACACGUUGUAUGGUGGGCAUGAAGGAGAAGGAGUUUUCGUACAGUUCUGAAGAUGGGUUACUGACAAUUAAACUUGAUGGUGAGGGCAAUUAUAGGGACAUAGAAGUUGUAUUCUGAGGUAGCUGUGUUAGGUCCAAGCGAAAAGUGAUUCUUCUUUCUUUUCUAAUUAUCUGACUCAUUUAGUAAGCAUCUAAAACAAUUGUUCAUUGAAUCAAAGGAAGAGAAUUUGGUAAAUUUUGAUGUACAUAACUACUGUACCGUACUACAAUGUUUUGUAUCAUCACUAAUGACGUGACAUGUGCUUAUUGUUUGUUAAUGAUAUUGAUACUUUAGAGAGAA